CUUGGCCAGGAGGUCAGUCCCUGGCCCUGGGCCGUGGGCUGCAGUUGCCGGAGCUUUCCUUAGGAUCCCAAGAGCUUUUCCGUGGGUGAGGGGUGAGGGUGCUUUCUCUCCAGCGUGCUCUGCCCCUCUGCAUGGACUUAGCAUGGCCGUCAGAAGUCCCUUGGAGAAAGUGCCUCUGGGGGCUUCCAGAGGAAAAGCAGUGCAUGCCCGGGGCACAGGGGAUGGCGGGAGUUUGGUGAGAGGCCGCGCUGCUGUCCUGAGCCCGGGACAGCUUCAUCCUCCCCCGAGAGGAGGCUGGGGCCCUCCCAAUGCGCCUGGCUCUCAGGGCUUCAGCAGGACCGUCUCCUCGGGUCUCCUGGGAGAAUGUCUUCCUUGGAGGUAAGGAGGUCCCUCCUUUCACGGUGGCCGUCAGCACCUCUGGGUGGAAGUGCAGAGGAGCCUGCAUUAGGAGGUUGGCCUCGCGACCCUGCUGCCUGCCUGCCUCGCCAGGCUGCAGCCGCCCCUCGGGGCCACCAGCAGGUCUGCAGCCUGGCCAGGUCAGGCAGAGCCGAUUCCUGGUGGAGCGAGCCGGAGCAGGCGGUCAGUGCCUCUGAAUCCAGAUGCAGCCUGCAGGCCUGGAGGCAGCCGUAUCCCGCAGGAACUCGGGCAGGGCUGUGUCUCUUGAUAGGCUCUCGGUCUCCGAGAGAUGAGCUUCCCACCUCUCCCCUGGGGGCCACAAGGACUGUGGGCAGCUCAGUGAGGUGUGAGUGACCAUCCCACACCCCAGCGGGGGCGGAGCAGGUCCCCAGCAGCUGAAGCCGGGUUGGGUUGCAGUGGCCCUUCUCUCCAGUGUUGCUGCCUCGCAUCGCUCCACACCCUGUCUUUAAUGGCCACCGUGUUAACCUUUGGUCUGCACGAGUGUCGGACCUGUGCUGCUGAUGAGGGGGCACACGUGGCGGGGAUGGAGGGACCGGUCCCUGUGCACUGUGUUCCCUGUGGAGGUGCGAAGUGGGUGCAGGAAUGUGCCGGGUGCACUUCUCCUCCAGGUAGCCCCUCCCCUCCACUUGUUGACCUACCUCCCCUGGAGCUGAGACCGCCCUGGGGGUGUGAGCCCCCUCCAGGGGGUUCUGCCUUGGCCCAAGGACAGGAUCAUAGCCGGUGUGUUGGGCCAGCUCCCUGAGUCCCCGUCCCAGGGGCAGGCACUGACCAGAGGAGGACCAGGCUAACUCUGCUUGGGGCCUUCACGCUCUUGCCCAGCUUUAUCCGACCCGCCCCGUCGCCUUUGAACACCUGUUCACCUGCCAGACUCUGAGCGAGACCCAGACCCCCCUCAGGGGUUCCCCACCAAGGGGAGGAAGCACCCAGACAAACCAACAAGAUGGGGUUCCAUAAGAAUGGUGGCCCAGAAGAGGCUGGUCGUGGCUGCUCGUUCCAAGAGCGGGGUGGGCUCCACACCGGCCAACCAGAGGCAAAUGCCAGCCCCUGUGGUCGUGCCCCGUCUCAGUGCACGGGGCCGAGCAGGCCGAGGUGGCGCAGGCCAGCGUGCACCUGUGCGCUUGGCAGCAGAACACUUGGCUUGGGUCCCGCAGUGGCUGUUUGUCGUUGCUGCCGCCGGCGGGCCUUCGCGGAGCCUCAAGUGCUGCAUCUGUGCACUGGGCAUGAUGAUGAGCUUGACGUCCCGAGGUCUGGGGGGAUCACACAUUCGCUUGCUCAUCUGCUCAUUCAUUGAGCACACCUGGUGGUUCCGAGAGUGCCUUGCGAUCUCCUGGGUGGGCUGUGACGGUUUGUUCUCAUGUGAAUCCUGGGGUCCCGCAGGGGCGUCUCUCCCAUUGCACCAAACUGAGUUUAGACCUUACUCACUUGCUUUUUACCCUUUUAGCCACUUUUUUUUUUUUUUAAAUUUUGGACCCUUUUUGCUGAAGUUAAAAGAUUCAGAAGGCAGCAACCCCGCCCCAGACCGGGCCCAGGUGUUUUGUGUCGCGUUCCACACUCCCUUUCACAGUCUGCAAGACCCAGAUUCGGGCUUGUGCGUUAGGGCGUGGCCAGGGGCUCUCAUCUUCUGCACCUGCCCUGUGCCCCACCCAGAGGGAGGCCGAGGCUCAGGCUGUGUUGGCUGGGAGGAGGCAGGAGGACGGCUCAGCAGGCACGGUCCACAGCAACAUCUGUUCUCGGUGCCCCCAGGGGGGGUCAGGGAGGCUUCUCGGAGGAGGCGGCGGCAGGGGAGCUGUGCAGGAAGCAGCUUAGAGCCAGGAGAGGGGAGCAGCGACCCCUGGCUGGUGGAAGGGUGCAGGGGAGGGGGGCCCUGUGGUUGGGGCUCAGCGUUGUGGAAAGAGCAUUUAAAGACAGGGGCUGGGGACUAGGCCAGGAAGGGCCCCCUGGUGCCACGCUAAGCGGCUGGGCUCUGCUGUGCGAGCCCUGAGGAGUCCCUGCAGGCCCUGGCUCUGUUAGUUCUUCGCAUGGGAAAGGGCACUUGAGGCACUGGAAGGGGCCAGCCUGCUGGAGCGGGCUGGGGUCCCGGUGACGGGUGCUGAGCCUGAGUGCAGGCAGGAGGGGGAGGGGUGAGGAAGGACAGGGCAGGGGACAUCCAGGCGCCCUGAGCACAGCUGUGGGCUCCCCAGGCGUGUCUGCGAUAAGGCCCCCAAGUAGGGGCUCUGGGCCGCGGGGCCUGCGGGCCCCUCUCCUGCUUGUCUGCAGAGCGUGUGGCCCGGAGCCCCAGGGGUGUCACAGCCUUUGCUGCAGUGGUGUGUCUGAAGUCACCCUCCCCUGGGCUGCCACUGUCUGUCCCCUCUAGCCAGGGCGUGGAGGGAGCUGGAGAAGUCAUGUGAGCGCACCCCAGUGGCUGCUGGUCAGGCCCUGUUGUCAGCCCUAGGGACUGCCUCUUGUCCUCUCCUCUGCCCACUGCCAUCGCCUGCUCUCUGCACCCCCAGCCUUCCCGGGGGAGGUGCCACUGCACCCCACCCCCUCCUGACACUUGGUCUCUGCACCCCCAGCCUUCCUGGGGGAGGUGCCACUGUCCCCCACCCCUUCCUGACACUUGGUCUCUGCACCCCCAGCCUUCCUGGGGGCGGUGCCACUGUCCCCCACCCCUUCCUGACACUUGCUCUGUAUAACCCAGCCUUUCCCACACUGUCCCCCACCCCCUCCUGACACUUGGUCUCUGCACCCCCAGCCUUCCUGGGGGAGGUGCCACUGUCCCACACCCCUCCUGACACUUGCUCUGUAUAACCCAGCCUUUCCCACACUGUCCCCCACCCCCUCCUGACACUUGGUCUCUGCACCCCCAGCCUUCCUGGGGGAAGUGCCACUGUCCCCCACCCCCUCCUGACACUUGGUCUCUGCACCCUCAGCCUUCCUGGGGGAGGUGCCACUGUCCCCCACCCCUUCCUGACACUUGGUCUCUGCACCCCCAGCCUUCCUGGGGGAGGUGCCACCUGCCCCCCUCCCCCACUCCUGACACUUGGCCACUGCUGCUUGCCUGGAGCCUGGGUAGCAUCAUAGCAACUAAAGCUCAGGUUUUCUCAGUCCUACCUGCUCUACCCUCCUGCUUCCUGCCUGAGAUUCCAGGAGCCCCUGCUCUGCUCCAGAAUGACCCCAGUGGGGGAGGAGGAUGGCAGUGGUGGGUGUGCGCCUGUGUCUAGCCCAGCACCCUCUCCCAACAAGGCAGAGGUGGGAAGCUGGUCAGUCUCCCCUGAAGCACCGUGCAGGGUUCUGAGAUGAGGGGUGCCACCGGGUACCACAUCUCGGGGGGGCAAGUGAUUGUGAUUUGCAAAGGAGGGGAGGGACCCGCGGCCAGAGCCUUUCACACAUGGCAGUGUCUGGAAGGCUUGGCUCAGGAGAUGCUGUGUGUUAGUAUCGUCGUCUCCAGGAGCUUUGGCCUGGCAGGAUUUCAAAAGGCGCUGACGGAGGCAUACUCGACUCCUUUCAAGAAUAAAUCUUGCCUUGUGCAAAGCCGGAGCUGGUGUGGGAAGAGAGGCAGGAAGCGGAGUGGCACGGGGUGGGCUCUGGGAACAGGUGUCCUGGGUCUGAGUGCCGGCCCUGGCUUGCCUGACCUUGGGCGGUGAGCUGCACCUGCUCAGUUCUGGCGGCCUCAGCCGGGGUUCUGCCUGGGAGGGUCGCGUGGAGUCGGUGAGGUGAUGCCGGUAAAGGCAUUACCCAUCUUGCCUGUUCAUUAAAGCUGCACGGGCCUUGUAGACGGUGGCACUGAGACAGCGAGCGACAGCCAGCAGCCGCCUUAGCAUAGCGAUUGACUUCAGGCAAGAGUAGGCUGCCGGGCUCACUCCAAGGAGUGGGGGGGCCAGGGGAGGUGGAGGGGGCCCUGGGGACUGUUUCACCUGUGGCACAGCUGUUGCAGGCCCGCCCUGCAGCUUCUCCAUGUUGGCCUCUCUUGCAGGGUUACCCAGUGCAGAACGCAGCCUGUGGGAAACAGAAGUGCCCCAUUCACUCUCCAUUCCCAUCCCAUCCCAAUGCUGAUUUGCUCCCAUUGAAACAGAUGAGGGCCCGAGGCCCUGCCCUGUGUCGAGGUCUACCCAGCCUGGUUUGAUGUGCCGCACGGCCUGGGGUGCAGUGGCACAGCUGCCAGCCUCCCGGGCCUGGUACAGACCGGCAGUGGCCCGAUGCUUUCCAGCUGUGGCCGCCUCCGCUGUCUACCUUACCUUGUGGCUUGGCUGCUAGCCCGCACACGGCUGCUCCAAGUGUCCGGGCCUACCCGCAGCCCUCUCCUGGGUUCAGUCACUCGGCAGACGCUGGGUCACUGCCCGGCUGGCCGUGUGCAUCAGGUGGGAUCCGAGCCCUGGAGGAGCUGUCAGCCUCGGGCAGAGGGAGCCAGUGGAGAGUGGGGCCCAUGGGCAGGGAGGAUGGUGGCCGUGAGGUGCAAGGCGACUCCAGGGCAGGGGGACAGACGCUCAGGCCGUGCAGUGCCCAGUGAGUGUCCUGGCUGGCGGUCAGCUGGGCGAUUUUGUAAGUUUGCAGUGACACAGCUUGCUUGGCAGGGGAAGUGGCUGCUUCUGUGUGGACUCCCAGACCUCGGAAGUGCUUCCCACCCCGGAAGAGGACUUUGGGGGGAGUUUAGAGUCCUCACUGAGGAGCCCCACCCAGCUGCUGUCAGGUACCCAAAGUGAACGCCGCACCCGCUCGUCAAAAUUCUGAGCCGCGAGCCGUUGCCCACUUUCCAGUAGGUUCUCGCAGCAGGUGCCGCCUCUCCCGGACUUCUGUCCGAUUUCUCACUGUUGGGAUCCCAGCCGUAGAACUUGAACCCUUCUCUGGACAGACCUGGAGAUGCCUCUUCCUAGAGUGACCACCUGGGGGCAGGGAGCACCUGCUGGGAGGUCCUCUAGCUGACUCCCACAGGUCUGCAAGGCCUGGCUUGGUUAAAUGCAGCCUUUGCUGGCCGGAGGGCCUGUGCCCAGCUCUGCAAGAGUGGAAUUUGAGAUGUUGCUGCCUCGCAGGAGCAGGCUUCUGAUGUUUCCUGUCCGUGUCUUCUUGGUCAUUUUCAAAAUGAUAUUCAGAAGCACAGAGCCCUGGGCAUCCGGGCCAGGCCAGGCCUCAGGCUGGGGCCUGGAGCACUGAGAAUGGCUCUGGUAUGGCCCCCAGCCUGGAGUCCAUCACAGUCCCCCUGGGUGAUUGAUGGGGAGGUGGACAGUUCUAGUUGUCCCAGGAUCACGGGGCCACCAGAGGCGGUGGAGACACCGAGGGAGUCUGUGCCAGUGGGUGAUGGUAGUCAGGGACGGCUUCCCGGGGAGGUGAUGUCUGAGCUGAGCCUUAGAAGAUACACAGAGAUUUUCUGGAUGAAGAAGGGGAAGGCUUGGGAGCGACCUGUGCAAAGGCACUGAGGCAGAUGUGUUGUGGUUACUGGUGGCUCUGCUGGACUGCGAGGUAGGGGUGUGUGUGUGUGUGUGUGUGUGUGAGCGAGAGAGAGAGAGAGAGACUCUCAAGGGAAGACGAGGCCAGAAAGGCCAGAUCGUGAAGGGGGCCUUGGAUGUCAUGCUAAGGAGCUUGGAGCUGAUCCCUAAAGCCGCCGGAGCUUCUGAAAGGGGUUUUAUGCAGAGAGCCCCGUGAUGAGGUUUGGAGCGUUGGAGGCUCGCCCUGGCAGCCUGUGGAAGAAGGAUUGGAGGGGCCGGGGCUGGAGGCAGAGGGAUCAGGCAGGAUUUCGUGGGAUUUUCUCUGUGGUUGUACAAAUCGGAUGAGGCUAGCUGGGGUGGGCCUGGCACACACACACACACACACACACACACGCUCACACAUGCACACACCCCCCAGCUUAGAUAAUAACAGCUCCGAGGCCCAUGUGAAUGCACUUCCUGCCUCGGGGGCUAAUUCCACUGUCUUUCCUGGUGUCCAGCCAGCCUGGCCACCCCCACUCCCCUCGCCUCUCUGUGGGCCAGCCCUGUGCCCAUGGCCCUGCCCUCCCUGAAGGCCCGGAACCUGGGGCCCCUCAGCCUGCAGUCAGGGAGGGCCGGGCUAGGUCUGGGCCCCUUCGGGCCUUCAGCCUCAGCUGGGGGUGGGAGCCUGGAACGCCAGCCCCAGGAGCCCAAACAUUGUCUUUCCUGUCACACCGGCCAUCUGUCCCUGUGCACAGAGCGGCCAUUGAGCGGCCGCGCGGGCCUGGCGGGGGUCCCAGCCCCGUUUGUUACGGGGCAGUGGCUUAGUCACGCUUCUGUGAGCCUUUCUUCUGGGACAAGCCUGCCCUUGUGCUGGGGGCCGCCUGGCACAGCAGCCCAGCCCGCGGCAGCUGCAGGCCCCCGCGCCAAACCCAACAGCGCACUUCAGAGACGCCGCCGGUGGGAACCACAGCCCGCCGUCCUGGGGUGGAACCACAGCCCGCCGUCCUGGGGUGGAGGCGCCCACGGGGGCUUCUCGGGGACCCUCCUGCCCUCUCCUGUCCCUCUGGCUAGGGCAGGGGUGGGGGCACAGGGACUUAGCCCACUCCCUCCCCCGGGUCUCCUUCUGUGUGAGAGCCGGCCACCAGCCUCUGCGGAGGCACCUUCCAGAACACAGCUCGUGGCCCCAGGGCAUCCUGGGAGUCUGCUGGUUGUACACACAUGGGACACCUGGGCUAGGUGCACCUAGCUGUGGCGAUGUCUCACGCUGAGAGCACAGGCUCGGGCCAGUGUUGUGGCACAGCGGGUUAGGUGGCUGCCUGCAACACUCUCAUUCCCUGUGGGCAUCAGUUCAAAUCCCAGCUAUUCCACUUUCUAUCCAGCUCCCUACUAAUGCUCCUGGGAGAGCAGCAGAAGAUGGCCCAAGUGCUUGGGUCCCUGGCACUCAUGUGGGAGACUGGAUGGAGUUUCGGGCUCCUGGCUUCGGCCUGGCCCAGCCAGUGCGCUCAUUUGUGUAGCGAACCAGCAGAUGGAAGCUCUCUCCCCCCCGCCCCUCCCCCCAUCUGUCCUCUCUCUUUGUAACUCUGCGACUUUGGAAAAAUGGCUUCCCUCCUCAUCUGUCCAAUGGGGGUGAUGAUAAAAGCUCCCGCCCCGGAUGCGUGUGGCUGACGAGUAAGACGUGUGCCCAGCACACGCUAAGCACGGUGCACGGCAGCUGCUGCCCAGGGCUGCUGCUGUCACCCCUGGGCCUCCGCUGUCACUCAGGGAGCGAGGGCUGUGGUCCCCCUUCACAGAUGGAAUGCUGGCACCCAACGGGGUUCAGCCACUUGCCCUGUGUCACAGAGCUGGGAUUUGAACCGUGCAACAUGGCUGCCCUUUGAUACAUCUAGCACGGCGUGGGUUGGGGGGGUCCUGCUCAGGGGUGGGGUGCUAGAGCAGACUUUCACGUUGUGUCUAAGUUUCUCUUUCU